UUAAAUCAUUUCGGCCCAAAAAAAAAAAAAAACAAAAAAAAAGGAAAAUGUGGAAGAAAACGGAAAACGGAUCUGUACGGUAAAACUCAGCAAAUCUAGAAGAUGGAGGAGAAGGGGGUUUGAUUGGAGUUCGCAACGGGGCCAAAACGUUUCUGCUAAUCCAUUAAAACCGUUCCAUUUCAGCAAACGCCAGGUUGAUCGGCUUCUUCGCGAUCACUCUCCAGUCAAUGCGAUGGUGGUCUGCAAAUGCCGCAAGGCGACAAAGUUGUACUGUUUCGUGCAUAAGGUUCCUGUUUGUGGAGAAUGCAUCUGUUUUCCCGAGCACCAAAUAUGUGUGGUACGUACUUACUCAGAAUGGGUAAUAGAUGGAGAGUAUGAUUGGCCUACUAAAUGCUGUCUCUGUCAAGCUGCACUUGAAGCAGGGAAUGGUUCUCCAACUACUCGACUGGGUUGCUUGCAUAUUAUACACACAAGUUGCCUGGUUUCACAUAUCAAGACUUUUCCUUCACAUACGGCACCUGCUGGAUAUGUUUGUCCUGGAUGUUCCACAUCGAUAUGGCCUCCCAAGAAUGUGAAAGAUUCAGGAUCCCGUCUUCAUUCAAAGUUGAAGGAAGCUAUAAUGCAGACGGGUCUUGAGAAGAACUUGUUUGGAAAUCAUCCAGUUUCAUUGCCAGCUGCAGAGUCUCGUGGUCCUCCUCCUGCAUUUGCAUCAGAUCCGCUGAUUAAUGUAUCUUCUACUGGUAGCAGGGAAAAUAAUGUGGGCUCAUCACCCUUGGUAGAAAAAGUCGAAACUAACAUGACUGAGGGAUAUUCCGCUGUAGCGGGCUCCGGACUCCCAGUAACAGAUAUUGUGGAGGUAGAAGGUUCUAGUUCAGCAGGAAACUUCAUGAAGAGCUCAAGUCCUGUUGGUCCUGUUGCAACUACACGUAAGAGUGGAAUCCAUGUUGAACGGCAAAACUCUGAGAUUUCUUAUUAUGCAGAUGAUGAAGAUGGGAAUCGUAAAAAGUAUACACGAAGGGGUCCAUUCCAACACAAGUUCCUUAGAGCCUUGCUUCCGUUCUGGUCAAGUGCAUUACCAACUCUACCAGUUACUGCUCCUCCACGGAAAGAUGCGUCAAACACAAAUGAUGCCCCAGAAGGUCGUUUGCGGCAUCAAAGAUCAUCGAGGAUGGAUCCAAGAAAAAUCCUUCUCUCUCUAGCGAUCAUGGCUUGUAUGGCAACGAUGGGUAUCUUGUAUUACAGAUUAGUGCAACAAGGUCUUGGUGAAGAGCUGGCUGAUGAUGAGCUGCCGCAGUAGUACUUGUGUAUGUUCGUGGAGACUUACAGGUGAUGGUAGAUUGUUAACUUGAAGCAGACUUGUGGAUUGCUGGUGCUUCUGCUCCAUUUUUUUGUCUGGUUCAUCGUUUCCUGGACCUAUUGCGAGUUCUUGUAGAAACAUACAAAUGGACAAGUAGGGAAUUUUUUGUUUUGUGCCCAUGAUGGUGAAAAAAAUAUUGGAUAUGAUCUUUAGCCAUUUCUCCUUUACUGCACUUUUUCUUCGGUCCUUUGAAGCUGAAAUGCAGAAUCGGGUUAAACGCAAAAAUGUUUAUGUUUAAACUGCCUUUUCUUCUUUUUUUUUUUCUUUUUUCUUUUUUUGUAAUUAUCAUAUUAUGUGAAUAACCUUGCAAGAUAAAGGUGAACAAAGUAUAACGAGUUUAUAUUUUGAAAUUUCCUCUC